UCGGUGAUUGCAAGCUUCGUUGCCCUCGUAGGUGGGGAAGUAUUGUACCUAAGACGGUGCUUCCAACGAUUAGUACCUCCAACAAUACCUUAGAUUCACUGCCUUAGAUUAGGUACCUACGAAACCAUAAAUUGCCCAACCGAUAUGUUUGCUAUCCCCUAACAUCCGAAUCCUUUUAUAAACGAAGAUAUCCGAUAUCCGACUUCUCAAGCUUCAAUACUCGAAUCUCACGGUCCCAUACUAUCGAACCAAAACCUACUUCCUAAAGGAAUCGAGGCGAGAUGGUUGCGCUACCAUUGUUUAAAUUAGCAUCCUUGUUCCUAAGGCAUAUUUCCAAAUAUGGCGCUAAUCAAAUCAAGGUGCAAGCCCAUGACCACCCGCGCUUCCGCCGUCUCGCUGCCAAGUAUGGCCAAUUCAUUCACCAGUUGAACAUGCGUCUGUCCGUAGCAGCCCUAAGGGACGUCGAGGCAGAAAUAAAAGCAAAAGAGAAGGCCGAAGCGCCGACAGUAAAAACGAAGGAGCAAAUAGAGAAGGAGGAAGAAAUGCGUGCUAAGUACGGCACGACAAACCAAGAGACCCGUGCCCAUAAGUUCUCGCCUAUAGUAAGCGUCUGGAAAAGGAAAUUUAGGCCUCUCCCAGAAGCCAAGGCGGUCGACCUGUUUGCGGACGUGGUUGGCGACGCCUUCAUCCUUUUAGUGGCCACGAUUUUGAUAUUAUAUGAAUACCACAGGUCCUCUCAAAAGCCGGACCCCAACCAGGAGAAGCUCAAGGAGCUCAAUGACCGCUUUGACGAGCUUGAGAGGAGAGAACAGGAGCUUGAAGAGGCUGAGAGGCGUCAUCAGAGCCGAGUAUCGAUACUCGAGGAGGCUUUAAGGGGAUUCAAAGACCCAAAAACCCAGAAGCCACUCUUGCCUCCAGCGCCUACGGCAUCUCCUGCUGCUUAAUAAGUAGAGGAUAACUGCAGAGCACAGGUCCAUACUGCUUGGGUAAUUUGGUAUGUCCUUAGCAUACCAUACGAUCUAACGAAUGUAUAAAGAUUAUAUAAAAGGCCGGCGUUACUAGAUGGUUAUGGACAUAGAUAGAAUUGUGCGUCCAUGGAAGCUUAGUAGAGCACAAGUAUCAAUCCCCCUUGGAUAUUGGACGACGCUCUCCUGUAUAUCGUGUCCCAGUAUAUUCACUACUACUGAAUAUAAGACAACCCCUCGGCUCUUUACUCAGCUAUUUCGUCGUCAAUAUGCCCAUUAUGGUGCCAUUAAGAUUAUCUACAGGUGUUAACUUUAACACUCGUACAACUACUUAAAUGCUAGUUGUAGUUAUUUCCACCUACC